GCGCACGGUAGUCGGCCGUCUCUGUCGCACGCGUGAUGUCUCCUCUCGCUGUCCGCCUGCUGCUGCUCGCCUGCCUGGCUUUGCCUCUUUAUGCGGUGGAAAAGGUGAGAAGCAGAGGCUACCGAAAGGAUCCUGACGCCGACAAGUAUGGUAGCUGCCUGCAGGGUCCAGCAGGCACCGCUGGAAGAGACGGUAACCCUGGGGCCAACGGCAUUCCUGGGACGCCUGGUAUUCCAGGCCGCGAUGGACUGAAAGGCGAGAAAGGAGAAUGCGUUACUGAAGUUUUUGAGGAACCCUGGAAACCCAACUACAAGCAGUGUGCCUGGAACUCGCUGAACUACGGGAUCGAUCUGGGUAAAGUGGCUGACUGCACGUUCACCAAGCUGCGCUCUGACAGCGCCCUCAGAGUCCUCUUCAGUGGCUCUCUCAGACUCAAGUGUAAAAACGCAUGCUGCCAGAGGUGGUACUUCACCUUCAACGGAGCGGAGUGCAUAGGACCACUGCCCAUAGAGUCAAUUAUUUACUUAGACCAAGGCAGUCCUGAGCUCAACUCAACCAUCAACAUCCACAGAACUUCCUCAGUUGAGGGGCUGUGUGAGGGUGUCAAAGCAGGGCUGGUUGAUGUGGCGGUGUGGGUGGGGACCUGCGCUGAUUAUCCAAGAGGAGACGCAUCCACAGGCUGGAAUUCUGUAUCCAGGAUUAUCAUAGAGGAAUUGCCUAAGUAAGGAAAAUAAAGCAAUGCGAUUGGGAGGGACCUAGUUUUGGUAGCGUGACAGCAUGUUAUCCGACGCGCCACAACGAUCAGGUGUGGUUUGCUGAGGCGUCACUGAUGGGAACGUGAAUGUUUUUGAGUUUUGUUUAAAUGCUACACCCGUCGACAGGCCUACGAUUACUGUACUUUUCUGUCUCCCGGAAAUAAACUUUGUACUGUAGCUUUUUCAGCUUGUGGCUGCUGUUAAGAGUACAGCAACAGACAUGGACAGUAUCUUUAAACUCUGUACUCCUGUGACCUGUUUAUAUGCAUUAUCACUGUUAAUAAAGCACUUCUUUU